AUGACAGUGCCCUCGGCUCAUGAGUUCCAUUGGCAGAGCCUGGCACGCCUAUCCAGUGGUCGUGUCUACCAUUCGCUGGUGGAGGUUGGAGGCCAGCUCUACAUGCUGGGAGGUUGUGAUGCAGCAGGACAGCCAAGCACUGCCCUAGAACUCUACUCCCCAGAGGUCGACCAAUGGGUCAGUCUACCUUCCAUGCCUACACCCAGGGCUGGAGCAGCUGUAGCUGUCUUAGGCAAGCAACUCCUGGUGGUGGGAGGUGUGGGAAAGGACCAGCAUCCUUUGAAGACUGUGGAGGUGUACAAUACAGAGGAGGGCAAAUGGAAAAAGAGGAGCUCGCUUAGGGAGCCAACCAUGGGGCUCGCUGUGUCUGUCAAAGACGGCAGAGUGUUUGCAGUCGGAGGGAUGGGAGCAGACCUACUGCCCAGAAGCAUUCUGCAGCAGUAUGACCUCCGAAAGGAUGUGUGGGCACUCCUGCCUCCGAUGCCCACCCCCCGCUAUGACGCUAGUGUGUGCAUGUUAGGCUCCAAGCUCUAUGUGGCAGGGGGACGUCAGUGCAAACGUUCUGUUAAGGCCUUUGAAGUCUUUGACGUGGACAGCCGAUCUUGGAGUUCCCUCCCCAGUUUGCCCUGCAAAAGGUCAUAUUCAGGGGUAGUGUGGGAUAACGCAGGAUGCCUCUGCUGGUUGGGAGGCCUCCGGCAAGGAGGUAUCCACCAAAAUUCAAAGUUCACCAAAAAUGUUAAUAUAUUCGACACUAACCAAGGAGUUUGGCUGAAAUCAGAGGACACUGUGUCUAUGAAGACAAAACGGGCUGACUUUGCUGCAGCCAUGGUGCGGGGAAGAUUGAUUGUGGCAGGGGGGCUUGGCCAUCAACCCUCUGUUUUGGAUUCUGUAGAAGGAUUCCAUCCAGAGAAGCGCAAGUGGGAAAGACUUCCACCUAUGCCAACACCCCGCUGCUCUGCAUCCAGUAUUGUGAUUCGUGACCGGCUUUUAGUGGUGGGAGGAGUCAAUCAAAUUCCAAGUGCUGCCCAUGAGAUUCUAUAUGUUAAGGAGGAGGAGUUUCUCUAG